GCAGCCAUGUACCUGCCCGAACUCAAGCACAAAGUUCUAUUCAAAAUUUAAACAAUGGCCAAAAAAAUCCCCAACGUCGAUGUGCCGCGCGAUCCAGCCCAGUUCAUGAUGCUCAAGAAAGAGAUCAAUCGCGACACGGUCGAGAUCAGCCAGAACUUCUGGAAGGAAUUCCGCAGUAUGCGCCAAAACAUGAAUCGUCGACUGAUCGUGGAGAGCAACCAGCGUCAGGAAAUUGGCACCUUGGUUCGUACAGCCGAUGAGGAGGCACAUCAGCAGGCCGAGGCCUUAAGUCGCACCAUCAGCACAUACGGCAUGAAUUCCGAUGGGAAUCCCUUGCUAGGAUCGCCACGUGGUACCAACAAGCAGACGCAUAUCCAACGAACCCCGGAAGUGAUUCUGCAGCUCAGCAAUUCAUUGGAUCAGACCAAUGCCGCAGAUGCUUUGCUUCCGGCUCCUAAUCAAGAGUCACCGAAAGGAACGCACAUGCGCAUGGACGAGGACCGUCGAUCAGCCUCGCCAUCCUAUUCGCGAUUCAAUUCGCAGGCACAAUCAAUGGCAAAUCCGUCGAUUCUAUCGACAGCCUCGAACCAGAUUCCCAAGGCCCCGCCCACUUCUAGGGUAACACUUGUGUCGGGCAAUCUGUCGAAAGGUACAAAUGCCUCAAAACAACAGAUUACCCGCAGAUAGACGAACUAAAUAUUUACUUAUGUAGAACUGAGCAUUUUCAAACAUGAAAUAUGGAGUUAUAUUUUGAAAAAAAUAGAAAUUAUUAAAAAUAAAAUUUAAUAUACAGACAAUAAAUAAACAAAACCUGAAACGAA